GUAGAUAAGAUAAUGUCACAAAUAGUAUUUAUAAAAAGUUGCUUGGGUGUGUUGUUUGUUAAUAAUUCAACAGUAAACAUAUUGUUUUCUAAUAAAAAUUAUCCACUCUCGUACACCCCUAUAAAAUAAUAAAGAUGCAUCCUGGACACGGGCCCCGGCAUCCUCAUCCACCUCAUCAUCCGCACCCACCACCUCAUCGUGGUAUUAUAGGCGAGAUUAUACACGAUAUUUUGCAUCCCCAUCACAGUCCACCACCACCACCAGGACAUGGACCUCCUCCACCAAAUAGACCACCACCACCACCAGGACAUGGACCUCCUCCACCAAAUAGACCACCACCACCACCUUAUACUAGAUGGUCUGGCCCACCACCUCCUUGUGGACACGGAGGAUACUUUCAUGGAUGCGAUCAUUGUCACCGCAGACAUCACAAUGGACAUUUUUAAAUAGUACAUUUUCAAAUAUUAUACAGAUACAAUGAAAAAUUUAAAAAAUAUGUUUUAUGACUAUCUAUUUUAAGAGCUGAUUUUUUAGUUUAGAAUUUUUUAAAUUUCUUUGUUUUUGCUUUUUUUUAAAUAAUAUUGAUGAAGAAUAAAUUUUCUCAACAAUUGUA